AUGGCAUUUCUGAAACGAUUAAGUUCUAACUUUAUUACGUAUUGGAAAACGGUAUGUAGUGAUUAUAUGGCAGUAAUUGGUGAUUUGGCAGAAGAUGCAAAGAAAAGGCCUAUUUUAAUGGCACUGAAAAUACUACCAUUGAGUGUGGCUUUCUAUGCUUACAAAACUAAUCAAACUGAAAGUGAUAUGCUCAAUUUUUUAAUAGAAAAAAGGCAUGAAUUAAUUCUACUGCCAAAUUCAAUGCACAAUAAGAGAGCUGAUGAUGAACUUGCUUUGCGAACUUUGUAUAUAAAUCAAGGACGACUAAAACUUUUCAACUGCAUUUUCUUCUCCGUUCUUAUCAAAUAUCCUGAUAAUUAUGAAUUAUGCCUGUAUAGAAAUCAGAGUUCGAUCUUGAGGCGAUGGUGGUGGCAGCGUUACGAUGAUAUUGUUGAUAUCUGUGUGUUUGGGAAUUGGCUUCUGUUCAGAAACAGUUUUAAAAACUAUGAUAUUAAUGAAAAUAAUAUAUUGUUUAACUAUAAUGUGGAAAAUGUAGCAACAUAG